AUCAAUAUUGAGCGUUAACACCUCGGAGUCUCGGACUCCCCUUUUAUCAAUUACAAGAAUUUUAAUUGUGGUGUGUAAAUUUCACAAAGAGUUCCAUUUCGUCGGGUUUCAAUGGCGUUCUCUUCAACGGUGCGUUUCCCCUCCCUCUGCCGUCUGUCGAAAGCAUCUACCUCUUCUUCACCAUUAAUUCCGUCCGCUUCGAUUUCCAUUCGAUCUUCUCCUUCUCAUAUUAAUCUAAAUAUUGUGAGAAAGAAUUUCUCAAUUCGCGCGAUUUCAACACAAGCAGCACCUGCAUCUGGAGGAAUAGCACCUGCAAUUGAUUUGACAGAAAAUGCAUUGAAGCAUUUAAAUAAAAUGAGGUCCGAAAAGAAUGAUGAUUUAUGUUUGAGAAUUGGUGUUAAACAAGGUGGAUGCUCAGGCAUGUCUUACACCAUGGAAUUCGAGAGCAGGGCAAACGCAAGACCAGAUGACUCAGUUAUGGAAUAUGAUGGUUUUGUCAUUGUUUGUGAUCCGAAGAGUCUUCUCUUCAUAUUUGGGAUGCAGCUUGACUUUAGUGAUGCACUUAUUGGAGGAGGCUUUUCAUUCAAAAACCCGAAUGCUACACAAACAUGUGGUUGUGGAAAAUCAUUUGCUGCUGAGAUGUGAAAGAAACAUCAUGUACUUAUAGACCAUAUGUUUAUACACGACAUAUAAACUAAUACAUAAAUUGUAGUCGGAAUCAGUCCAUUGUCUAUUUAUUAUAUGUAUUUUGCAUACCAAAAUCACUUGUCGGGAUUGGAUGAAUAUUCGAUCAAUAUUGUGAUAUCAUGAUAUUUGAAUCCGGGCAAUGAUUAAGGAGAUUGUUCUUGAA